CAGCAGAAAGCAGUCAAGGCUUAAACCUGAGCCCUUCAUACAUCUCCACACACACACACACACAGGAGAGGAGAGGGAGAGCAGCCAGUGCUCCCACAAAUUCAGCCAUGAGUAGCAUCGGGUAUGACCCAUACUAUCCCACCUCGUCUUACAGGCGCUGGUACGUCGAGUCUCCCCCUCGUGUGGUGGUGAACAGAGGGAGGACCCACUCCGUCUACUCGUCCCACACCUCCCCACUAUCCUCAUCCCGUGUGCAGUACUCCUCUCCCGGCCGGGUGCUGCUCUCCUCCUCCUCACCAGCCUCCUCUGUGGAGCUGGAGCUCAGCCAGGCAGCCCAGAUCAGCUCCGAAUUCCGCUCCGUUCGCACCCAAGAGCACAGGCAGCUGCAGGACCUCAACGACCGCUUUGCCGUCUUCAUCGAGCGAGUGCAUGAGCUGGAGCAGCAGAACCGGGCUCUGGAGGCAGAGCUGCUGCUGCUGAGGCAGAGGCACAAUGAGCCGUCCCGCCUGAGGGGACUCUAUGAGCAAGAGGCCCGCUCCCUGAGGGCAGCUAUGGAAGAGGCCAGGGCAGACCACCAAGCCGUCAUGGGCCAGAAAGAGCGACUGGAACAAACCCUGAGUGCCCUGCAGGGCCGAUAUGAGGAGGAAGUGCUGGCUCGUGAAGAGGCCGAGGGCAGGCUGAUGGAGAACCGCCACGAGGCCGACCAGGCUGCCUUAGGAAAGGCUGAGCUGGAGAAGAGUGUUGAAACUCUGCUGGAGGAGCUGGCCUUCCUCAAGAGGAUUCAUGAAGGUGAGGUGGCCGAGCUUCAGGCCCAGGUGCAGCUGGGAGUCCAGGUGGCUGUAGAGUCUGAAACCGCCACUCCAGACCUCUCUGGAGCUCUCAGGGACAUCCGGUCCCAGUACGAGAGGCUGGCAGCAAGGAACAUGCAAGCAGCUGAGGAGUGGUUCAGAGGGAAGAUGGGCUCGCUGACUGAAACUGUGGCCCAGCACUGUGACGCAGUCAGAAGCUCCAAGGAUGAAGCGGGAGAGUACCGACGCCAGCUCCAGGCCCGUCUGCUGGAGAUUGAUGCGUGCAGAGGCCUCAAUGGAUCCCUGGAGAAACAGCUGCAUGAGAUGGACGAGAAGCAGAGCGCUGAGAUCGCUGCCAUGCAGGACACCAUCACAGAUUUGGAGAGCGAGCUGAGGGGCACCAAACAGGAAAUGGCGCGCUACCUGAAGGAGUACCAGGACCUUCUGAAUGUCAAGAUGGCUCUAGACAUUGAGAUUGCUGCAUACAGGAAGCUUCUGGAAGGGGAGGAGUCUCGCUUCAGUGUUGGCGUUUCCGGGGGCGUGUCCUCUAUGUACAGCCACAGUCUGUCAGCGCCCCACUUUGCCCGGCCUGUCUACUCCAGCCUGAGCUCCGGCACCUCCUACCUGAUGACAUCACGUCUGCUCAGCUCCAGCACCACAGAGGGCCUCAUCUCUGCCAGCCACACCCACCAAGCAGAGGCCAGCCCACCUGCAGAGGAGGAGGAAGAGGAGAAGGAAGAGGAGGAGGCAGGAGAGAAAGAGGAGGAGGAGGGUGAAGAGGAGGCUGCAGAUGCAGAUGAAGAGGCUAAAGCUGAAGAAGAAGGUGGUGAUGAAGAGGAGCAAAAGGAAGAGGUGACAGAGGCUGCUGCUGAAGAUGAGGAGGAGAAAGAGGAAGAGACUGAAGGCAAAGAAGAAGCACAAGAGGAGGAAAAAUCCGAUGACAAAGAGGAUGACGCAAAAGAAGAAGAGGAGCAAGUCGAGACGGAAGAAGUAAAAACAGGUGAAGAAAAGGAGGAUAAAGCUGAUGCCAAGGAAGAAGACAAGGCCGCUCCAAAAACAGACGACAAGAAGGAGAACGCUGAAGAGAAAGCCUCCAAACCUGCUGCAGAGGAGAAGAGCACAAAGGAGAAGAAGUAAACAGUAUGUUUGUCCCUGCAAAUCACAGUUCAACACCGUCCACAUACAUACAUACAAACCACAGCUCAAUAAAACCAGUAGAGGCCUCAGCGCUGCGCUCUUUCUCCACUCUGCUUGUUAACGUGGUGCUCAGUGAAAAAAAAGCCCAAUGGCCAUUUAAAGCAACAAAUCACAGUAAACCGCUUGCCAGUAUCCACAGUCGUCCAUAAACAGUGCACACAGUAUACAGUAUGUGCAACUGCUAACCGCUAACGUGAGUGUGUGACUUUCUGGUGGUGAAAUAAACACUUAUCAAAGAGA